CUCAUCAUAAAAGAAGUACGAGACUGUUCAGAAUUAAUGAAGUAUUUAAAUCUGGCUUUUAUCUGUAUGAAUCUGGACACCUCUGUAUCAAGAUCAACAUUUGUUCAAAUAUCAGACUGGAAUCAUUCUUACAAAACAUUAAACCCCCAUUGCGCCAAGCAAUUAAAUCGACUUCUCAAAAAUAGAGGCACUUUGGAGAUUGUAAUAUGAAAUGGCGGAUAAGUGUUUCUUUUUCGUCGUUUUCACUGCCUUCUGCUGCCUUUCUGCUGUUUUCGCCAAUACUCCAGGAAAUUUCAAAACUUGGAUGAGCAGUGAGCCAUACAAGUCUUACAACAAGCGCAUUUUCCCACGAACUAAUCAAAAUGACAAUGUCACGGUGGACAUCAAAUACUACCUUAUUGCCAUUACUGGCUUUGACGAAGUGGCCGGAAAGAUGGAAACCGUGGGUUACCUAAAGGUCAAAUGGAACACGGAACUUCUGACAUGGACCUCUACUACUAUUCAAUCCAUUAUUCUGCCCCAAGAUAAUUUUUGGCUGCCAUCUUUGGUGGUAUCUAAUUCCAUGAGCUCGCUCUUUGAGUUGGGGCAUAAGAGUUAUCCUGUCCGGAUCAAGAAAAAUGGGGACUGUGAGUGGACGGUGGGGAUUGUAGCGAAGACAGCUUGUGCAGUUGAUGUUUCCUAUUAUCCUUUUGAUGAACAAAACUGUAAAGUUACUCUGAAUCCGUGGGGAUUCAAUGAUAAUCAGAUUUAUUUGAUGUCUUCUGAGAGCGAGAUUGACCUGACUCAUUACAUGGAAAACGUCCAAUGGGAUAUUGCUGAAACAUCCAUCGAAUCAAAAUCCGUUAGCAGUACCUCCUUUCUUCACUUCAAAAUCAACAUGAAGAGACGACCAGGCUACUUCGUUGUUAAUAUGGUCAUCCCUAUCCUUAUCCUCGGUCUACUAAAUGGUCUUGUCUUCCUCUUACCUGCAGACUCUGGAGAAAGGGUCGGUUUUGCUAUCACGGCUUUCCUCACCUUUGCUGUAUUCUUGACGUUGGUUUCUGCAAAUUUGCCAAAGGCUUCGGAACCCAUGUCACUUCUAUGUUAUUUCCUGACACUAAUGCUAGUGAUGAGUGCCCUGUCUACCGUCAUCACAAUCAUGACGCUCAGAGUUUAUCACCAAGAUGAUGGUUCUGUGGUCCCGAAAUGGCUCAGACAUGUUGUUUGUUUUCUAAAUUUUGAAAAGUGUAAGAAGUGGUGCUGUUCAGCAAAAAGAAAUAAAAAUUCGGUCCAUGCCAACACUGAUGACUUUGAAGAUGACGAGGACGAAGAAAUUGCCCCUCCACUCAAAAAGAAGAUAGGAUAUGAUGAUAAGAAGUCUGAAGUAUCCUCGGAGGAGGAGGAAGAUGACACUGCACAUGUCACAUGGAGGAAAGUUGGAAAAACCCUUGACAUUUUCUUUUUUACAUUAUUCGUGCUUGGUACUGUCAUCAUCGCAGUUUUCUUCUUAGACUACUUAUGGAAACCAUCGAUUGUGCUAUCCAAUUCCGUCAAAUCCCUCAAAGAACUUGGGCACAAAAGUUACAGGAUUCGCAUAGACAAUUCUGGGAAUCAUGAAUGGGUUGUUGGAAUUGUAUCAAAGACUGCAUGUGCUGUCGAUGUAACAUAUUAUCCUUUUGACAAGCAGUCCUGUAACAUCACCUUCAAUCCAUGGGGUUAUACCCAAGACCAGAUUGACUUGGUCACCUCCGACACCACUGUCGAUCUGACACACUACCAGGAAAAUGUAGAGUGGACCAUUGCUAGCUCUUUAGUAGAUAAAACAGUUGUGGACAAUGCUGUCUACGUCAACUUUGUGCUGAACCUGGACAGAAAACCAGGCUACUUCAUUAUCAACAUGAUUAUCCCUAUUCUCAUCCUCAGUCUUUUGAAUGGUCUCGUAUUUCUCCUUCCGGCAGACUCUGGUGAACGUGUAGGAUACGCAAUUACAGCUUUCCUAACCUUCGCCGUCUUCCUUUCCAUGGUCUCUGAAAAUCUCCCUAAAGCAUCCGAACCAAUGUCUAUGUUAUGUUAUUUCUUAACCCUAAUGUUAUGUCUUAGCGCUCUGUCCACCAUUAUAACGAUUCUGAUUCUCCGAGUUCAUCAUCAACAUGAGGAGUCAGAAGUUCCCAAAUUCCUGCGCCACAUUAUUGCAUUCAUCAAAUGUGAUAAAUGCAGAAAGUGGUGCUGUUCCGACGACAAAGUCCGAGAAAUAAACCCCGAUGAUGAAGAAGAGGAGGAGGAAGAUGAAAAUGGUGAUCUAGGGAAGAACCCUGACGACACGAAGCACAUUACGUGGAAGGUUGCAGCUAGAGUUUUGGACUAUUUCUUUUUCCUUGUUUUUCUUGGAGGAACAUCGGCCAUUACUGUCUUGUUUCUUAUUCCACUUGCAAUGGCUGGUUGAGAGAGAAAGAGAGAAUCUAUGUAGCUGCAUCCAAACUGAAUACAUAUUUUGAAUAAAAUUGUAAAUAUCCUA